AGGGGGUUGGAGCCGAGAGAGCAGGGCGGGGAUCGGAGCUAUCGCGGCAGUGUUAGAGCCGCGCCGGGAUCUCGUCCUCGCAGCUUCCGGGCUCCAUUGUUGGGCGGCCCCAGGCUCCCGCCCGCCCCGUCCGGGCCCGGGUGGUGGCAGCGGGCAGAGAUCCCCCCAGUAUGGAGCCGCAGAAGGAGCUGGGCCAGAGCCGCGCCGGGAGCGAAACGCAGCAGGAAGAGAAGGAGGAAGAGAAAAAAGAGAAAGAGGAGGAGGAGGAGGAGGAGGAAAAGGCAGAGAAGGAGGUGAAAGAGGAGAAGCAGGAGGGAGUGAAAGGGCAGCAGGAGGAAGGUGAAGGUAAAGCUGCCGCGGAGCCCUGUGUGCCAGGCGAGCAGUGCCCCGAGUGCGGGCAGAGCCUCCCGCCCGGCUGGCAGCCGGGGAAGCAGCAGUGCCCCCAGCCUGGCACCCAGCGCUUCAUCUGCACCCACUGCGGCCAGAGGCGCUCCAGCCUCCGGCGGCGGCAGCGGGGAGGCGCCCAGGCGGGCCCCAAGCUGCGGUUGAUCUGUGGUGAGUGUGGCAAGAGCUUUUCCGGCACCUCUGGUCUUAGCCAGCACCGCAAAAUCCAUGCUGAGAAGAAACCAUUCCCCUGCCGUGAGUGUGGCAAGAGCUUCACCACCAGCACUGCUCUAAUCCAGCACUGGAACGUCCACACCGGGGAGAAGCCUUACAGCUGCCGUGUCUGUGGCAAGAGCUUUGCCAACUGCUCGUCUCUCCACACUCACCGCCUCACUCACACCACCGAGAAGCCCUUCAGGUGCAGUGACUGCGGCAAGACCUUCACCAUCAGUUCCCAGCUGAAGCGUCACCGCCGCCUGCACACCGGGGAGAAGCCUUACACCUGCGGUGACUGUGGCAAGAGCUUCGCCACCCACUUUAAUCUUCUGGAGCACUUGAACCUCCACACAGGGGCGAAGCCAUACACCUGUAGUGUCUGUGGCAAGAGCUUUGCCCACAGGUCUACUCUCGGGCAUCACCGACAGAUCCACAGUGGGGUGAAGCCGUACAGCUGCGGUGACUGUGGCAAGAGUUUCCGGUUCAAGAGCCAACUGACCAAGCACGAGCGCAGCCAAAGCCACCAGGAGAUAAAGAGCUCCAGCAAACCAUCCAGGGGUCCCCUCAGCCAGGGCCAUGAGCAGGAGGAUCAGGAGGGGGAGAAAGAGCAGCAGGAGGAAGGUGAAGCUAAAGCUGUCGUGGACCCCUCUGUGCCAGACGAGCAGUGCCCCAUGGAGCAGCAGGGAGGCGCCCAGCCAGGCACCAAGCUGCAGUUGGGCUGCAGUGAGAGUGGCAACUGCUUUGCCAGCAGCUCUGCUCUCAGCCAGCUCCAGCAACUCCAGCCUGGGAAGAAGUUCCCCUGCGGUGACUGCGGCAAGAGCUUUAGCAGCAAAAUCGCUCUGAGCUUUCACCGCAACAUCCACACCGGGGAGAGGCCUUACAGCUGUGGUGAGUGUGGCAGGAGCUUUGCCAGCAGCUCUGCUCUCAGACGGCACCGCCAAAACCAUGCUGUGAAUAGAAAGUUCCCCUGUGGUGAGUGUGGCAAGAGCUUUGCCGUCAGUUCCCUCCUUCUCCGUCACCGCCUUACCCACACCGGGGAGAAGCCGUACAGCUGCGAUGUCUGUGGCAAGAGCUUUGCCAGGAGCUACUCUCUCAGCUACCACCGUCUCUUGCACAGCGAGGAGAAGCCGUACAGCUGCGGCGACUGCGGCAAGAGCUUUGUCCACAUCUCUGCUCUCAACCGUCACCGUCUCCUCCACACCGGGGUGAGGCCGUACAGCUGCGGUGAGUGCGGCAAGGGCUUCAGGAGCAGCACAGAACUCAAAAUGCACCAUCGCACUCACACCGGGGAGAAGCCCUUCCACUGCGGUGACUGCGGCAAGAGCUUCACCACCAAUGCCAAGCUGACCACUCACCGCUUCAGCCACACCGGGGAGAAGCCGUACGGCUGCAGUGACUGCGGCCAGAGCUUCAGUAGCAAGUCCAGGCUGACCACUCACCGCUUCAGCCACACCGGGAGGAAGAUGUAUGUCUGCAGUGACUGCGGCCAGAGCUUCAACAGCUACAGCUCCCUCAGCCGCCACCGACGCCUCCAUCGAGGCUUGGAGCCACCCAUCUGCGGUGACUGCGGCAAGAGCUUCAACAGCGUCACCGAUCUCAAAGUUCACCACCGCCUUCACACCGGGGAAAGGCCGUAUCACUGCGGGGACUGCGGCAGGAGCUUCAACAGCAAAUCCCAGCUGACCAAUCACCACCGCAUCCACACCGGGGAGAAGCCGUACACCUGUGCCGACUGCGGCAAGAGCUUCCGGCAGAGCUACACCCUGACCAUGCACCUGCGCAGCCGCAGGCACCAGAAGAAGAGCAGCAACAAAGUGUCCAACCAUCCCCACUGCCAGUAACACCAGGAGGUAGCCAGCGGCCAUGGGUCCCCACUGCCCACUUGGCAAUGGUGGUGCCAGGAUGCUCUGCUGAUAGAGCCGUCCCAGCCGCGACCGUCCUGCUGGGAGUUGCUGUCCUGGGAUGUGGGGUGGCUGCACCAGUCUUGUCAGUAACAGCAGUUGCUGCUGUGCCACCCCCAGGCAGAGACCUGAAAUAUGCCUUGUUUGGAGGGACAGGGAUGGGAAGGCAGAGCAGAGCAGUGCCAUGACCAGGGCAGGACCUGUAAGCUGUGCUGGGUCCCAAUGUGGUCUCCAUAAGCUCUGCUAGGUGAUGUCACCAUCAUCACCAUCACCAAUCCUCACCAAGACCAGCACUGUCUUGGUACACACUCAGGGAUGAAGCAACUGUUGCAUGUGGCUGCAAGUCAGGGACUCCAUGGAAAAUGUGCCUGGAGCAGGGAACAGUCCCAAUAAAAGACUUCCCAAGGC